UGCUCGAGGUUGGGUUAGUCUAGCAGACGACGGGACGGGCGGCUGAUCGCAGCAGACAGCGCAUAGCUAGCGUCGCUCGCGGGCGCUCGGCAGCGGACGUUUGAAUCGGAAGCCUGGAAGUCGAGAGACUCGCGCUAGUUGGGGAAUCGGUUGUUCGUCGAGCGAGAGCGUAACACCACCGCGUUCGCGAUGGAUCCCGAGGCGUUCCUGGACAUGGCCAAUCAGGUCAUCAAGCUGAAAAUGUUCCCGUAUUUCGACAUAGCGCACUGCGUACUGUGCACGCUGCAUGUCAGGGAGGAUCUGGGACCCGGUGCACAAGCAUUUUCUCGUAAGCACCCUUUGUCAUGUUGGCUCUCUACGAUGUUAGUUGUCUUUGCAAGCGGUAUGCUUUGCAAUGGAUUAUUAGGAGAACCUAUUCUUGCACCUCUGAAAAAUACACCACAAGUGAUAGUCGCAACUGUUGUUUGGUAUGUGAUAUUUUACACGCCAUUUGACAUUGGAUAUAAGGUAGCCAAAUUUUUACCAGUAAAGAUAGUAUGUGCUGCUAUGAAAGAAAUUUAUAGGUGUAAAAAGGUAUAUGAUGGAGUGACUCAUGCAGGAAAACUUUAUCCAAAUGCAUAUCUUAUUAUGAUAUUGAUUGGAACGCUCAAAGGUAACGGAGCUGGAUUUACAAAAUUGUUUGAGCGUCUUAUACGUGGCGUAUGGACACCAACUGCAAUGGAAUUCAUGCAACCCAGUUUUCCAACCAAAGCAUCUAUGGUUGCAUCGAUUAUCUUUGUGCUAGAUAAGAAGACUGAUCUCAUUUCUGCACCUCAUGCUCUUGUAUACUUUGGUAUUGUCAUCUUCUUCGUCUAUUUCAAGUUAUCAUCAAUUUUGCUUGGCAUUCAUGAUCCAUUCGUGCCAUUUGAAAAUUUGUUCUGCGCCUUGUUCUUGGGAGGAAUUUGGGAUUCAUUGGCUAAAUUGUUAGGUCGUGGUCAAGCCAAAGAUGAGAAAGCGGAUGCAAAGAAAACGAAUUAAAUAAUAAAAGAUAUUACUAUCUUGUCACCACCAUCAACUACUUAAAAAGUGAUGAAACAAAACUAUUCUAAGCUAGUCAGAUGACUACGGGUUAUAUAUGACUCUUGACAAAUCAUCAAAUAUUGGAAGAGUACAAUAAUUUAAUAUAUACAUAUAUACUUUAAGAGUGGAAGUUAUUCAGUUUUCAAAGAGUGUCUUAUAAAAAUAUCAACAGUAUUAUGUACACAGUUUAAUUAAUGUUAAAUCUCUCUCUAAAAUUUUUUCGUUAUGCAUUCUCAAGUUAAUGAAGAAAUUUCGUAUUUUUAUGUAAAACUUUUAUUAAUAAUUAUAAAUAUGACAAAUGAUUUACAUAUUAUGUAUCUCUAAUCUGGAUUGAUAUUAAUGAUAAGAUACUGAUUUAAUCAAACAAAAGUGUGUUCCUAUUUGCAAUUUUUAAUAGUACAUCUUAUGUACAAUUAAUAAUUGAAUUUUAUUAAAAUUUAUUAUCAAAUACUUUCUAGUACAAUAGCCAACUUUUAAUAUAAUGUAUAAAUACAUGAUACAUAUACUCCAGUAAUUUGAAGUAUUCAUCUUAAUAAAUUAUACUGAAAUUGUUUUACUUGUUAUAUAACAUUUAUAUAAAGGAGAAAUGUAUAGGAUAAGCAAUUAAUUUCAAAUUUAUUAAAUAAUUGUAUUACUGAUUCAUAAAUUACAUGAAUCACAUAAGGUAUUCAAAUAGCACAUAUGUAAAAACGGACAUUGCGAGAAAAAAAUAAAUGUCUUUUAUACUA